AUGGAGUUUAAAGUGCCUCUUGUCAAACCAAGAACAACUGUUGAUUGCACUGGACUACCGGUUUAUGACUUUUCAAAAUUGUUUAACAAAGAGGAGAUAGGAAAAGGUGCGUAUGGAGCAGUUCCCACAGCAGACUACCCUUUCCAUGGUAUCGACGACAAGGGUCAAGAGUUUAGUUUCAACUUAGUAUACAUCUCGUGUUUAGUUUCCAUGUCAGAAGUGAAUGACGAUUUUUUUUCUAGAGAUAUUAAAACCAUCUCCGUUUGCAUUGAAAUUCUUUAUGACCUUGUGGUAAAUCUCAAACAGAGCACAACAUUUCCUAUUGGCCAUUGUUAUUUGCUCAUUCACUAAGCCAGAUGUCAAUUUUUUUUUUUUUUCAGGGAAUGCCUGUAGACAUCAGGUAAACUCUUAUCUUCAAAAACACAAGACACUGGCAGAGGCAGAAGAGGACCUCCAAAUUAACUGUUUUAGUAGUGGAAUCCAAGAGUGCUCAUCUGAGGAGGCUUCCAGUCCUGUUGUAACUUCGACUCCACAGUCCUUACAGGAUAAAAACACCUCAUUCUCACCGGUACUGGCAUUUUCCCCGCAUAGCACAAAUAGUUCCGGAGAUACUGGGGUACAGGUAUCGCUGGGAGACUCGAUUGCCAAAGUGGUAAAACUGCUUGCAAUGAUGAGUUCACGUACGAGUCAGGGCUUAUUGCAAAGUCUCGUUUAUCAAUAAAUGUUUCUGGAAUUCAAUAA